GUCAAUGUCAAAAUCUAAGAAAUUUCCGCAAUUUCUGGCGAAAAUUUCGCGAAAUGUCCUAUUUUUAAACAAAAACAAUUGUAAACAUUUACCAAAUUAUUAUGUGACGUUAGAAAUAUAAAAAACUAGCAGUGAUUAUGUUCCUGAUUCACUGCUAGAUGUUUUAUUCAUAGUUUUUUAAUGCUAGUUUACAUAACGAUGUUCUUUACAUAGUGCUAUCUUAAAUUAAACAAGUAAUUAUAAUGAAGCUAUUCACCUACUAAUUAUUAUCAAAACUGCUCGUGUUCAGCGUUGAAGCAUGUUAAAAUAUAGCUGAUAUUAUUAGACUAUUAAAUUUCUUGUUAACUGAUUAAUGAAAGAAUCUUCAGUCUCAAAAUGAACGAUAAACCCCCCUGUGAUAUCUUUAGGGAUACCUGGGUCCGUUAUUUGGGGUAUGCUAAUGAAGUGGGCGAGGCUUUCCGGCCUAUCAUUCCAGGCUGUCUGGUGAGGUUCAGCUAUGGGAUAGCGUUCUCAUACGUUUUUGGCGACACUAUGGACAAAGGAUUUAAAAUGUUUGUGAAAGGAUGCGGUGGAUUAUUACAGGAAGAUGGACGGCCAAGCAACGUGAUGAAGGCGACUGGGGAUGCCCUGAUAUGGCAAACACUGGCAUCGAUAGUCAUACCGGGAAUAACUAUAAAUAGGCUAUGUGCUUAUUCCGGUCGAGCCCUCACCAAAUACAAGCGCAUACCGUCUCCCGCACGAGCUCUCCUUACCGUUGGUAUAGGUCUGGCCUCCAUACCCAUCAUCAUCGUGCCCAUAGACCACGGAGUCACGUUCCUAAUGGACCACACUUACAGGAAAUGGGUCACAUAAUCUACGUUGAAGCAUUAAACUAAAUAACUGGACUGAAUUCAAACUGCACUCUGAUUGCCAAAUUACAGUUUUAACACACAUGCACACAUCACUAGAAACACACACGUACACACACACACACACACACACACACACAAGCGCAUAUACAGGCACACACAUACACAGGCACACACAGACACACACACAGGCUUACACAAUUACACACACAUACACACCCUGGAAAAAUAUUAAACACUGACCAUAUAUUUUCCCAAUAUUAAGUUUCUAAUUUUAAAACACUAAACAUUGCCUUAUACGCUUCUGAAAUUAUCAUGUAAGGCGUUGAGCAGACGACGGGGCGGGGCGGGCAUUUUGUCCGCGAAGCAAUAAAGACCGCGUCUGCCCGUCGAUGUCUGCGGCUGCCCGCGUCGCGUACACAAAGCACACGACGGGCAGAGGCGGUCAGUACGGGACGUUCGUUCUAGUGAAUAGAAAAAGCGCGUGGCGCGGAAUGAGCUGACCGCCCCGCGCCGCCGUCUGCGUUACUGCAUAUAAACUGGUUUGUUAAAUCCACGGCGGGCAGCCGCGGACAUGCCGCGCCGCCACUGCCCGCCGGGCACUUGGGACGCGGUCUUUUUGCCCUCCGUGUGCGUUUGAAGUAUAGGAUUCACUUUGUGCUAAUAUUCGCGGCGAAAUUGACUUGAAUUGUCGUCUGCUAAACGCCUUAAUGUGUCAUUUUUUUGGGAAGAAACUGGCUCUUAAUACACUGAUUAAUCCUAUAUUUUAGGACUCAGGGUCCUUCUGAUUGUAUUCUGGUAUUUAUCCAAUAAAGAUUUGUUAUUAUUAAUGCAGUUAUCAUGACUACAGUUAACCAAACUGCUGACUCCACGGAGCACCCCCACUAGAGUCCGCAUACAAGGGCAAGCGCUUACGCCAAGCUUAAGUAGCAUUUUACCUAUGCGUGAGGCACGCCCACAGACGUCGCGAUACAUGGUUUCAUUCGGUAACCGAGCGUUGGUCCAACUGCUUCUCUCGUUUUCGUGUUAAAAAACUGUAAUAAAUGCCGUACUGUGCAAUUAAAUUGUGUGGAAAGUCGAGUACAACUUCCAGUCUUCAAAAAAAUGGUAUUACUUUUCACUGGUUAGUUUAAAUGCAUUACAAAAAGACAAAAAUACUGUUAUAUUAAAUUGCUGUUAAUUGUAUUUAUUUUUUGGUGAACGCGUUGAUGUCUUUUUACACUAUCCCUUUCUCGCAUGGGCUACAUCAUAUAUGCUAUCUCGCUCUCACACCGGCACGUGUAUUGCUAGUGACUCAGACGCAGCUCAUGUCUCAACGCGUAAGUUUAUCGAUAAGUUUGUCAGCUAUGGAAAUGGAAAAAAUAAAUAAAAACUAUUAAUUUCAUCGUAUACAAUAAUAGAUGUCAUAAGUAUACAACCAACAGUUUUUAUUUGACUUCAAACAUACCCUAAUUUAAUUGAAAAAACGCGAAAAUUUGUAUGCAUAUUUGUUACUCUUUCACGCUAAAACGGUUAAACGGAUUUGUAUGAAAUUAAGUGCGCAUAGUUUAUGACCUAGAUAAAGACAUAGAAUUAACGAUAUUAAAUACCCUAGAUACACCACGAGCACUCAAAAUGUGUCCCAAUCAAGAAGUGCUUGAACUCCACUCAAGCACUUCUUAGUACACAGUCACACGCGGACCGUCGAAAAGUCAAGAUGCCAAAGAUUUCCGUGAAAAAAUGCAGAAAAAUACUAAUAGUACGUAAAGUGUCGUUUUUUCGACGGGUAUCUAAUUAAUGUUUUUUAAUUAACGCCUUUAAAGCAAAUUUUAUAGUUGUAAUACUUACUAUAAACUGAUUUAAUUUAAAAUAUUUGUGAUAUUCAAAUGCAUGGUCGGUUAUACGUCGCCCUUAGCCAUCUCUUUUCUUCGCGGUCUGUACCUGCUAUAUUGCUAACAGCGCAUUCAGUAUUGCUCGUGAAAAGUCAAAAAAAAUAAGGUCUAUAUUCUUUCACAUAUAACAAUAAAUCGUAAAAUUUUACGAACUUGACGCAUGCAUUUUAAUUAAGACCUUAUGCCGUAUGCAUUAAAGGUGAUUUUCAAUGUUUAAAUAAGGCAUUAUAUUGUUUUUGACCACGUGAUCAUCUUACGGACAUCCGUGGAUCGUCCAAUGUACCUUUUGGACACGUUUCGGCCACGAUUUUGUUCGUUUUGUUGUAUCUAGGGUAGUUAAUAUCGUUGCAUUAAUACUUCUUGUCCUGGACGUGUUUUUUUUCGUGUUGCUUAUAUAUAAUUUAGUAUGUAGUUACUAGUCGCGUCAUGUAAUUAGAACGCUGGAAGAAAGUGGAGAGGGUAUGAUUACGCAUUUGCGCACCAAAGUACUAGGCCUCUAUUCUAAAUUGUUUAUCGAUAGAAAAUAUCGAUAUUUUCUAAAAUCGAUCUUACCCUCAUCACUUCGCUGCACUGAGUAUAUGAUCUGACCUUGACGCGUUUGGACGCGUCAAGGUCAGACCAUAUACUCAGUUCAG